AUGUCAACAGAAGAGAUACUAAAAGCGCUGUCUCUCGAAAAGAUUGAAGCCGAUGUUCGAAGCUACUACAAAGUAGAAGGAUCUUUCGGAAAAAAUGUUCGUGUCGAAAAAAUUGGUUCAGGACAGGUUAGUUUCAAAACAUAUUUUCUUCAGCAUUGGAUAAUGCGGAAAACUUUCAGGGGUUUGUAUCUGAAGUGCUUCUCUUCUAUCCAGACUGGACCGAAGAAGGAAAAGUUCCUGAAUAUUUCGCUAUAAAGGUGAACACAAAGUUACAACUUCAAGUGAACUUUGAAUACUUUUACAGUUCCUGUCGGCACGAGCCAAUGGAAGCUCGAAGUUCGACGAGGUCCUUGUUUCUUCAGAACCUUCUGGAGCUGAAAUCCUCCGCGCAAAAGUGAGAAUUUCAAAGUUUUCGAGAAAACAAAAUAUAUUCAGUUGCACAACACGGAAGUCGAGGUGCUGAAAUGGCUUUCUAAGUGUUCCGAUUUGCCAGUUACCAAGGUUUUGAAAUGUAACUUUUCACUAUUUAAUUGGAGCUUGCAGAUUAUUUCGGCCAACGAAAUGGUAGCAGGAAAAGGUCCAGGCUAUUUCCUGAUGAAGCAUAUCAAAGGAUCUCCCAACCUUCACAUGUGCGACAACAUUUCUGAAUCGGCUCUCAACCAGGUAAAUCUCUUCUGAAUCUUCGAAAAUAGAUAUUAAUUAUUCCAGGUGAUGAGAACGUUGGCGAAGAUCCAAGUUAUCGGUAUGGACGUUCCCGAAGAGGUUGUAGCCCAGAACUCAAGGGACUACUUCAACUCUAUCGCUAAAAUUAUCUACGAGGAUAAGGUUGGCUUUUACAGCGCUGAUGUUUAGUUUUCUUUCUUUUUCAGACAGUUGAAAAUUUCUGUCGAAUGCUCGAGAAAACAGCGAGUCCGAUAUGGCCUGAAAGCACGUCUGAACUGAUCAAGCGGUUCAAACCGAUAGCUCCAAACUUCCUUCGAUUCUCAGACGACGUCGGGUCUUCUCUCAGUGAAUCUACCUUAUAAACUCCUUCUUAAAAACUGACUUGUUUAGAAAUGAAAAAAGUUCUUUGUCACGGCGACGUUUGGAUGUGCAACAUGCUUUGGAACGCAGAAGACGCCGCCAGCUGGAAAUUGGAGGCUUUGAUCGAUUUCCAGGUAUUUGAGUGGGUAUCGGAUGCUGUUAAUCCUCCUCCAGGCCGCCCAUUUUGGCUGUCCUGGAAUCGACUUGGUGCGGCUUUUCUGCGGCGUCCUGAGCGGAGAAGAAAGGCGAGCACGGGCGAACGAGUACAUCGAAAGGUUCUACGAAUUCUUGCGAGAAGAACUCGGCGACGACUCGCGACUGCCGUACUCGCUGGAGCAGCUCCGCGAGUCCUACCACCGACAAUUCGCCUUGGCCGCCUUCAUUGUCUGCGGCUCAAUCGCCGUCGUCGGCGAGAUGAUUGUCGAAAAGAGCGACGACCCUAAAGUGGUGGGAAAAACCGAUAAUUUAUGUGAAACUCUACCUUGUUUCAGGCAAAAGAAGUGCUGUUCGAGAAACAAAAGUGCCUUAUCGAGGACAUUGUCAAGGAAAUGGACCGAUCUCUUACAAUAAUGCAUUCCGAGCAAAAACAAUAA